UUUUCUACGUCGUUGUGUCGGUCCAUGAUAGUUUUGCUUGUUCGUUACAUCGCGUGUUGAGCGUUCCAGUGUGGGGUUAUAAAUAGAUUUCAUAGUUGGAGAACGUGAGCUCGACGUCCAGAUUUAGAUAUUUUGGAAGAGAGUCCGCGCUAAUUAUAAACGUGAUGUAGAUCGAGCCGCCGUCAGACGAUUCAACUGCGGCACCCUGCGCUCAGUGGAGCGCGAACUGCUGCGCUUUGUGAUCGCAUCGACCAGUGUUUAGUUUGUGACAAUGGGUGACAUAUCGGAGCCAAUUAAAAAAUGCGUGCUCAUUCUCAAGUCCGCGAAAAGCGACACCGAGAAGUUUGCCGCGCUCUUCAUGGUGACCAAACUGGUGAAGAGCAAGGAUUGCAACUCCCAGGCCAAGAAAGCUCUGUUUGAAGCCAUUGGAUUCAACUUCUUGAAGAAACUCCUGACCAGCAACAGUGUGCAAGAUGACUGCCCACCCUCUGUGUACAAAUCAGUGGCACUUUCAAUCCUCACAACAUUCUGCAAUGACCCUGAACUAUCAACCCACCCUGAAAUGUUAGCGAAUAUUCCAGUUUUUCUCGAUAUUGUGCAAACAUCUGACAAUGAUGAUUACGAUGAUAACCUCAUCAUCAUCAGUGAAGCAUAUACAUGUCUCCAAUGCAUCGCAGAACAUGAAGUUGGCCAAAAAGCACUUAUUGAAGUUGGUGCCAUUACCAAAAUGUCAGAAAUUUACUCGCAUCAAAGUUUCCAAACAGAUGAAGCCCUUAAUAUCCUGGUAAAACUUGUGAGCCGAUAUGGUCCCGCUGCCUGGGGAAACGACCCCAAACCAUUCCAUGCUUUGGUCAACAAGAUUGCUCUGGACUUUGCCACCGAUCAGUCUGAAAGGAAGUUUGAAUUGGCCACUAUACUGAGUGCCUUACUUUAUAGUUGCAACAAAACAACUGUUGUCCCGAGUUCCCAAGAUGAAACUUGGCCUCAAAGCAUUUACAAAGCACUGCAUGAUAUUCUUACCAGCAAGAUUGGAAAGAACCAAAGAGAUCCUGCUCUGAAAUUAGCUGCAAACAUACUUGAUUUGCUAGGUGUUGAGUGGGCCAUAGAAUGUGGUGAAGAAGAAAACCCCAAGAAAUUCUUCCUCUUGUUGCUGCAAUUGUGUGCCAUUGAAGUGAGGAUGCAGUUGGAAGAUAGAAGUUUCAAACAGGCAUUUUCUAACUGUGAUUUAGUUACCUCUUGCUUUAUUGUGCUAGAGUUAUCAAUUAACUACAUGGCUACCGACCAACUUGAUUUGGAACAGAAAGAAAAGCAAUCGGUUUACACUAGUCUAAAAGGUGCAUUCAAUGCUGUUGUAUCCAUUUUGACAAAAGUGUCAAAUGAUAAGAACAGAGAUAAAUUGCCAGAUGCUGAAAAAGUUUUUGUUUGUGCCAUGGUGAGAGUACUAGUUGCAUGGAUCGCCCAAGAGACCACAGCUAUGAGAGAACAGAUUUAUGUCCUACUUCCUUACAUGUUUUCACUGGCAAAUGACUCGUUCCAUGCAUACCGCUCUAGGAAGCUGGCCGAAAAAAAUAAAUCAGAAGGUGAACCGAUGGACACCGAUACCAGUCUUAUGGGACAGAUUGAUUUAUUGCGUUUGAUGUUGCCUGCUCUCUGCCACUUGGUUGUUGAGGAUAAGGCCAGAGAUAUAGUAUUAAACUUAAAACAAGAAGAUAUUUUGUAUGAGGCCAUGAACUUCCAUUGGUCCAUUGUACAUUACAAAAAACCUCCAGUGCCAAAGUCAGAAAGGGGCAAGGUGAAGACUCAACCUGAACCUGAACUUGAUCCCAAAGUCUUAGAAGAUAUGAAAGAUUCUAGAGCAGCUAUGGUCAGCCUUUGCAAUAUUUUCAUGAACCUUACAGUGCUAGCUCCAAAAGUAGUAGAGAACAGUAUGUUGUUCAAUACUCUUCUGAAAUUCAUUUUUAACAAUUUACCAGAAUUGAAGGACAUCCCUGACAACCUUGUUCUUCAUGGGCACUUGGCUGUAUUAGGCCUUUUGUUGCUCAAACAACAAGCAAGCAAAGUCAAAAAGAAUGACUUCUCAAUAUGCAGAUACAUUCAGUCAACGAUCAGAUUCCUUUGGGAUGCCUACAACAUUGAUGAAUCUAAUGACCCCACAGCGUUGGUAGUGUCAAUGUCAUACAGAGAACAUUGGAAUGAAAUAGCAGAUUUGUGGUUCCUGGGUAUGCAAACUAUGAGCGGUGUCCUAACAAUGGUGCCAUGGAUAUCUGAAUUUGCCAUAGAGAGUGGAUGGGCUGCAGGCAUUGCUGAAAUGCUCGCUAAAGUCAAAGUUGGCACUUUACCCCCCAAUGUUAAAUCUGCAUUUGAAGACUUCUUGUGUAGACUUGUAGACUCAAAUGAAGGUGCUAUCCCUGUCCUAAAGAAAGGUGGAGCUCUUAAGAUGUGCAGAAAUCAUAGGUUGAUGGAUUUGGGAAAAAAGUUGUUUGGAGACUAAAUGUUGUACUAAAUUGCAAUUUUGAUUGUAUGCCUACUUUUCUUAUGUUAAUAAAUAAUUGUUUUUCAUUUUUUUAGCAAAAGUA